AUGUAUGAAUCAGAGUUCAUUGAUGUUGACUACAACAUACUCAAUGACAAAGACAACAAGUUGGUCAAUCCACCUCCAAAGUUCAAACUCAAUGAUCACGCCACAGCAAUACCAAGCGAUCUGAUCACGAUGAUCUAUGACAUUGACGUAUCGCCAACCAAGGGAAUGAUACCAGAGAGUGUUCAAACACUUGAGUUUGACUAUGGCUUCAGCAGUCCCAUCCUACUUGGUACACUUCCACCAAGACUAACCUCGCUCAAGUUUGCCUCGACCUUUAGUCAUGAGCUGCCCAUUCGAGUGCUCCCCGCAAGUCUGACCAAACUCCAACUUGCCCAAACAUACAAUUAUUCAAUACCCAUUGGUCUGCUUCCAUCUGGACUCAGAACAUUGAUAUUUGACUAUCACUUUAAUCAAACGAUCAUCGUUGGUUCGUUGCCACACGGACUGACGUCACUCAGGUUUGGAGAAGACUAUAAUCAACCCAUUGCCAUUGGUGCCCUUCCGCCCAGUCUCACAUACCUUAAGUUUGGAUGCUCUGAGAUUGGCGACUAUAACCCACCUGGCUCGUAUAACCAGCCAUUCGUCAUUGGUGCAUUGCCACCAAACCUCAGGACCCUAGGGUUUGGUCGUAACUACAACCAACCAUUCCAACGCGGUGCUCUCCCAUCAUGCCUCACAUCACUCACAGUUUGGAACACAUUCAGUCAGCCGAUGGAUGAUGGAUCAAUCCCUCAAUCAUUGACACGUCUACAGAUACAUGAUGACAAUCUUAAUUUCAAGAUCCCAAGUUCGAUCACUGAUCUCACACUGGUCAAGUGCUUCUGGAAGCCCAAGCCACCUCCAGCCUCAAUCAAACAUUUCCAUUUGGUUGGUGGAUGUCAUUCAGAGAGUGGAAAGGACUUCUAUCGUGACUUCCUCUAUACAUUGAUGAAGUCGGGUCGCUAUCCAAUCAGCAGAUUGACGACAUUCACCAUCACAUUCACUGAACAAACAUCAAUUCAUCUUAGAAGUAUCCAACUUCGAGCACUUGGAGAUGGUAAACACUUCAUCAUUAUAACGAGCAAACUAACAGGUGGUAUCAUUCCAGUCAAGCCAUCUGUUACAUUUAACCAACUGAGACUAUUCUUUGAAUGA